ACGGAAGAUCCGAAGCAGCAAUCCGAUCACCUCAAUGGUACAUGUGGUCGCGUCAAAUGGGGGUCAUUUCCGUUUGUAUUUCUUCCGAUAUCCGGCCGAAAACACUGGAGCUUUGUUAUUGUGGAGAAUGCGUUCCAACCGGGCCCAACAAACAUUAACCACACUGACUCGCUGAAAGGAGAGAGAAAACGGAAUGCACCUGAUCUACUUUCUACUCCGUGGGGACAUGGCAUUUUCUAUAUCAAGCCUCAGCAAAACAACAGUAUUGACUGUGGUGUAUACGUAAUGCACUACAUAGCACGAAUUUCCAAGGAAAUUGCGAGACUGUACAACGCGAAGCAAGCCCCGCACUGCAUCAAAAACAAGUUGACAGAGUGGACAAGUGGUUUUAACGCAGGUGCUCCGGACAACUUUUGA